GCCGUCCCGGUCGCCGCCGGGUCCCGGGGACCGGGCUGUCCGCGCCCGCGCCAGGAGCCGCCGCCAGCCGGGCACCAUGAACAGCAGCAGCGCCAACAUCACCUACGCCAGUCGCAAGCGGCGGAAGCCGGUGCAGAAAACUGUCAAGCCAGUCCCAGCUGAAGGAAUCAAGUCGAAUCCUUCAAAGCGGCAUAGAGACCGACUUAAUACGGAAUUGGACCGUUUGGCCAGCCUGCUGCCUUUUCCACAAGAUGUUAUUAAUAAGCUGGACAAACUUUCAGUUCUUAGGCUCAGUGUCAGUUAUCUAAGAGCCAAGAGCUUCUUUGAUGUUGCAUUACAGUCCACUCCAGCUGACAGAAAUGGAGUCCAGGACAACUGUAGAACAAAAUGCAGAGAAGGCCUGAACUUGCAGGAAGGAGAAUUCUUACUGCAGGCACUGAAUGGCUUUGUAUUGGUUGUCACUACAGAUGCUUUGGUCUUUUACGCUUCUUCUACUAUACAAGAUUACCUGGGGUUUCAGCAGUCUGAUGUCAUCCAUCAGAGUGUGUAUGAACUGAUCCACACUGAAGACCGAGCUGAAUUUCAGCGCCAGCUACACUGGGCAUUAAACCCUUCACAGUGUCCAGACUCUGGACAAAAAAUUGAUGAAGCUAAUGGCCUCUCACAGCCAGCAGUCUAUUAUAACCCAGACCAGGUUCCUCCAGAGAACUCUUCGUCUAUGGAAAGGUGCUUCGUUUGCCGACUAAGGUGUCUGCUGGAUAAUUCAUCUGGUUUUCUGGCAAUGAAUUUCCAAGGGAGGUUGAAGUACCUUCAUGGACAGAACAGGAAAGGGAAGGAUGGAUCAAUACUUCCGCCUCAGUUGGCUUUGUUUGCAAUAGCUACUCCACUCCAGCCACCGUCCAUACUUGAAAUCCGAACCAAAAACUUCAUCUUUAGAACCAAACACAAGCUAGACUUUACACCUACCGGCUGCGAUGCCAAAGGAAGAAUUGUUUUAGGCUAUACUGAAGCAGAGCUAUGCAUGAGAGGAUCAGGAUAUCAAUUUAUUCAUGCUGCUGAUAUGCUUUAUUGCGCUGAGUACCAUAUCCGGAUGAUUAAGACUGGAGAGAGUGGCAUGAUAGUGUUCAGGCUUCUUACGAAAGACAAUCGAUGGACUUGGGUGCAGUCAAAUGCACGCUUAGUUUAUAAGAAUGGAAGACCAGAUUAUAUCAUUGCAACUCAGAGACCUCUAACAGAUGAAGAAGGAACAGAGCAUUUACGAAAACGAAAUAUGAAGUUGCCUUUUAUGUUUACCACUGGCGAAGCUGUUUUAUAUGAGGUAACCAACCCUUUUCCUCCCAUAAUGGAUCCCUUACCAAUAAGGACUAAAACUGGUGCUGGUGGAAAAGGUUCUGCUACCAAAUCAACUCUAAAUAAGGAUUCCCUCAAUCCCAGUUCCCUCCUGAAUGCCAUGAUGCAACAAGAUGAAUCUAUUUAUCUCUAUCCUGCUUCAAGUAGUACACCUUUUGAAAGAAACUUUUUCAGUGACUCUCAGAAUGAGUGCAGUAGUUGGCAAAGCAACGUUGCACCAAUGGGAAGUGACAAUAUCCUGAAACAUGAGCAGAUUGGCCAGUCUCAGGAAAUAAUGAACCCCACAGUCUCCGGAGAUCACGCAGGGCUCUUUCCAGAUAAUAGAAAUAGUGACUUGUACAGCAUUAUGAAACACCUAGGCAUUGAUUUUGAAGAUAUCAAACACAUGCAACAGAAUGAGGAAUUUUUCAGAACUGACUUUUCUGGUGAAGAUGACUUCAGAGAUAUUGACUUAACAGAUGAAAUUCUGACUUACGUCGAAGACUCUUUAAAUAAGUCUGCCUUUGGCUGUUCAGGUUACCACCAGCAACAGUCCAUGGCUCUGAACCCGAGCUGCAUGGUACAGGAGCACCUCCAGUUAGAACAGCAAGAGCAGCUACAGCACCGUCAGCAGCACAUAGCAGCGGAGCAGCAGCAACAGCUGUGUCAGAAGAUGAAGCACAUGCAGGUUAACGGCAUGUUUGCAAACUGGAACUCCGACCAAUCCGUGCCUUUUAACUGUCCUCAGCAAGACUUACAGCAGUACAGUGUCUUUUCAGACUUACCUGGGACCAGUCAAGAGUUUCCCUACAAAGCUGAGAUUGACACUCUGCCUUACGCACAGAACUUUAUCCCCUGUAGUCAGUCUGUGUUGCCGCCACAUUCUGAGGGUACACAGUUAGACUUUCCCAUUGGGGAUUUCGAACCAGCCCCAUACCCUACACCUUCUUCUAAUUUAGAAGAUUUUGUCACAUGUUUACAAGUUCCUCAAAACCAAAAGCACAGACUCAAUCCACAGUCAGCCCUAGUAACUCCUCAGACGUGUUAUGCGGGGGCUGUGUCAAUGUACCAGUGCCAGCCGGAAGCUCAGCACAGCCAUGUGCCUCAGAUGCAGUACAACCCCACGAUGCCAGGCCCAACGGUGCCAGGCCCGCAGGCGUUUUUAAACAAGUUUCAGAAUGGAGGAGUCUUAAAUGAAACCUAUCCAGCUGAAUUAAAUAGCAUAAAUAACACUCAGCCUACCGCCCAUCUUCACCCGUCAGAAGCCAGACCUUUCCCUGACUUGACAUCCACUGGAUUCCUGUAAUUCCAAGCCCACUUUUCAUCUUGGUUUUUUGAUUAAAUUCGUUUGUGAAACAUCAUGACGGAGUAAUAAAACUGUCAUUGUUGGAUGUUAGCAAGUUCACGUGGAGGCAUUGAUGUAUGUAGUUCUGUUAUUCCAAACCAAAUUUUAAUGUUUUUCUAAGAGGAGUUAAUUACAUAUAUUACCAUCAUUAAAAUAGAAAAAGUAUGCUGCCACAGAGGAGUGAAAUAAUCUACACUUUAUAGUAUUCUGAGAUACCACAGAAUAUACAAAACUUAUUCAGGGGGACAUUAUGACACUUUUAAAUAAGAAAAUUUUCUCUGUUGGAAUUAUUUCUGUCAGAAUAAAAUGAAAUACUUUGAGUUUUGAACUUCAACAUUCUUAUUAGUGUACCAAAUAUGAACUAUUUCCUUUUAUUUGUAGCUUCUGCUUUUAUCUCAGAUGUUAAAACGAGUGGUUUGGUGCUUUUAUAAAAAGGUUAUCUCAGUGCUCUCCUCCUUCCUUGGUAAUGUAAGUGCCUCACUAUUUUUUCUACCUAUAACACUGUAGGAGUAUGUUUUAUAUAAAAUAUACUUUCUCUUUUUAAAAUUAAUAACAUUCUGCACACAAAUAUUAUCGGUGUUUCUUAAAUUCAGUCAUUUUUAUUAAUCCAGGCAUGUUUUAACUGCACUACUCACCCACUUUCUUCAGGUAAAGGGCAAAAAAUGGUUGAAAAGAUAAUUAAUUAUUUAAUCUAGUUGUUUCUAGACUUUAAUGUUGCCGUGUGCCUUAUGUUGAAAAAUUUUGAAAGUGAAGAUGUCUUUCCAAAUUAUUUUUUAAUUAUCAUAUAAAUAAGACAGCAGCACUAAAAUUUCAAGUUUUCAGAAGUAAGAGAUAUACCACCAUUUAGCUUUACUAAAAUCUCCACCUUAAUAGUUGAAUGUUGCAGUGUAAAGAAUCUGCUGUUAAAUGCAACAGCAUUUAACUUAACAUGUAUAUUAACUUAAAAUGAAGAGAAGCAGCUUUAUUUUUAGCUCUUUAAUAAGUAAA